GGCGCGAGCCGAGCGGCCGCUGAGGCGCCGUCCCCGGGGCUGCGGCUCGCGCCCUUCCCGCCGCCCGCCCUGAGGCGGCCGCCCGGGCCCCGUCCCGCCCCGGCCGGCGAGGAGCGGAGGAGCCCGAACCCGAACCCGGCAGCGUCCCGGCUCCGGGAAGCUCUGAGGAAAGCUGCCUGAGGCAGGUCCCACAAACCCGCCCCGCGGCAGCGGCGCUGGCUGGGCGAGCCGCUGAGAAGAGCUUGGGGGGCUCUCUGAGGCACCCCGCGAACGUUGCUUUGCGGCAUGCAAAGAAUAGCAAAGUGUUUGCCUUGUAAGGACCGUCUGGUUCUUUAAGCACACGAAAAUGAGGAGUCGAUGUAUUUGUCAUGUCUAAGGGUGAGAAGAGAGAUUCAGGUGCAUUCCACAUGAAGCGAAGCAGUCAGGUUCAAAGGAUUGGACAGAAAGAACCAGACUCCUUUCUGCAGUUCUCUUAACACAUGGAUUAUUUUGUCCUGCUCUCAAGAUUGCCUGAUCGUUCUCAACCAGCAGUGAUGAUCAAGCAAGACUACAGUGGACAAGAUCUAGUAGGGGAGUGAAGACUACUUUUCAAGUGCCCUGGUCAGCAGCUCCCACUUCUUCCAGUCUCCUUUUUAGCUCCGGUACUGCCCACUUCCCUUCUUUAGCUGGAGUUUUCUCCAUCCUUUCGCCUUCUGCUCUCACAAAAACCCUCGUUUUGAAAAGAAAAUAAUCAUGUUCCGCAACCAGUACGACAACGACGUCACCGUGUGGAGCCCCCAGGGGCGAAUUCAUCAAAUAGAAUAUGCCAUGGAAGCCGUGAAACAAGGCUCAGCUACUGUGGGGCUGAAAUCAAAAACGCAUGCUGUCCUGGUAGCUUUAAAGAGAGCACAGUCUGAGCUGGCAGCUCAUCAGAAAAAAAUCCUGUACGUUGACAACCAUAUCGGUAUCUCCAUUGCUGGACUUACUGCUGAUGCAAGACUCUUGUGCAAUUUCAUGCGUCAGGAGUGUCUGGAUUCUAGAUUUGUGUUCGAUAGACCUCUUCCAGUUUCUCGAUUAGUGUCACUAAUCGGAAGCAAAACGCAGAUACCAACACAGCGUUACGGCAGAAGACCAUAUGGCGUAGGACUGCUUAUUGCAGGUUAUGAUGAUAUGGGUCCUCACAUCUUCCAAACUUGUCCCUCUGCAAACUAUUUUGACUGUAAAGCAAUGUCCAUUGGUGCUCGUUCACAGUCAGCACGAACUUACUUGGAGAGACACAUGACUGAAUUUACUGACUGUAAUCUAAAUGAGCUAGUUAAACAUGGACUGCGUGCUCUCAGAGAGACUCUUCCUGCUGAACAGGAUCUGACCACCAAGAAUGUUUCCAUUGGAAUUGUUGGCAAAGACAUGGAGUUUACUAUCUAUGAUGAUGAUGAUGUAGCACCAUUCCUAGAAGGUCUUGAGGAGAGACCACAGAGAAAGCCUGCUGCACCUGCUGAUGAACCUGCGGAAAAGUCAGAGGAGCCCAUGGAGCACUAAUUCAUGGAAGAGUUCCUCUAUGAUAACAUAUGCGUAAUUAUACAGGAACAUUUAUGUAUUUGGUGGUAACUUUAUCCUCACUGAUAUGUGUCUAAUGCUGAUGCACUGUGAGGAUUACUCUUAACAAAAAAAAAAAGGCAAAACAAUGCACCUAUCCUUAAAAAGUUGUCGGGAGUUCAAAACUGGGUGUAUUUUCUUUGAUGAGAAAGGUGUAACCGUUUUCUAAAUAGUACAUGAUACUGUUUUUUAAUGAAAAGCAUACUGUCUUUAACUCGUAAGGACAAGUGGAAAUAAAUAACUUUCUUGGAAUCUA